AUGACAGCACCAUGUCCUGAAGCUCCUCCAGAUGGCUUUUUGUUAACGUUACAUUUAAUUGGAGGUAUUUCGCUGCUGAUGAAUCUUUUAACAAUGUAUAUGAUUUGGUUCGAGUCACCAGGCAUGCACGGAUAUCGAUAUUGUUUAACGUAUGUGCAGAUCGUUUCCUUCCUAGUUGAAUUCAUUAUGGCUGUGGUGAUCCCGAUCCAUAUUUUCCUUCCAAUGAAAGGUGGCAUUACGCUGAGAGAAGGAUUCCGCACAAUAAUGAGUAAUCAAAUGGCCCUCACAAUAUGGAUAUUUUUGCUGUGUCUUGUUCUUCCGGCAAGUAUAACCUGUUUCAUCUACAGACAUAAUGCAGCCUCGCAAAUCAAUGAAAACAGCAACUCAAGCACCAAAUAUUCACACAAAACUCUUGCCAUGAUUUUAAAUCACAUCUUCCCAUUUCUCACCGCCUUUGGCACCUGGCAGUGUCAAAAUACCACUGAGCAGAAAUAUGAGUAUGUGCGGCAAAAUUAUCCACAGUGCCUAUUUUGGGUAGCCAAUGACAAUUUCGAGGCGUAUGACUAUCAUGAAAAUCCUUGGAUUAUAAGGACUGUCGGUGCGGGGAUUGGCUUCUUGGUUGUCAGUUCAGCCCAUGGCGCAUUUCUCGGUGUCCAUACAAUGAUUGUUCUCCAACGCCUCCGAUCCCAUAUGUCAGUGCAAACCUAUCAAAUGCACCGGACAGCACUAAUAAGUUUGGCAAUGCAAAUGGUCUGCCCGUGUGUUUUCAUUUUUGUAGUUUAUUUCUAUGCACUAGUGGCCUGGAUAGAUGAUGUUGAAUUGCAAGUAUAUAUAAGCCGAUGUCCAUGUAUCAUGUCAACACAUUCACUUCUUCUGUGCACUGUCAUGAUCAUGAGCAACAAGAACUACCGCCAAGUUUUGAAGGAUAAGCUCUCGAAAUUGUUUAGACUAUCUCGGCCUAUUGGAAGUCAGAUUGGAAGUGAAGUGGAGCCAAGUAUGAUGAGGACGUUCAAUAACGUAGUGGUUGUUGCUCCGGUUUCUUAA